AUGAGUGAGCCAACUCUUUUGGGGAGAAUUUUCCCCAAAAAAAUUCAAGAAUCUCCUCCAUACAGAGGGAGAGAAGGUUUCAUCUGUUCACUUCUUCAUAUUGUAAACCCUAAGCAUUCAUCUACUCCUUUCAUUCCUAAGAAAAGACGUUCCCGGCUAAGUUGGGAAGAACGGUACAAAAUCGUAUUGGGUAUUGCUGAGGGUUUGGCUUAUCUUCACGAAGAAUCUAAGUUGAGGAUCAUACACAGAGACAUAAAAUUGAGCAAUGUAUUGUUAGACGAGGACCUCGCGCCAAAGAUUGCUGAUUUUGGUCUUGCUAGAUUAUUUCCAGAUGACAUGACUCAUAUCAGCACUGCUAUAGCUGGCACACUCGGCUACAUGGCUCCAGAGUACAUGGUUCGUGGAAAAUUGACAGAAAAAGUGGACGUUUAUAGUUUUGGAGUUCUUGUUAUUGAAGUUGUCCUUGGCACAAAGAAUUACGCCUUAUCUCUGAACUCUCACUCCAUCUUACAAAAGGUAUGGAACCUCUAUAGGGCAGGAAAAUUAAGUGAAGCAGUCGAUCAGUCGUUAGAAAAUAAGUUUCAAGAACACGAGGCGUUAAGAGUACUUCAAAUAGGUUUAAUCUGUGUACAGGCCUCUGCAGAACUUCGUCCAUCCAUGUCCCUUGUUGUGAAAAUGCUUACUGAAAACCACAAAAUUCCUCAGCCUAGACAACCACCAUUUCUCAAUUCCAGCAAUGCAGAAGUCAGUCAGUUUAAUCAGCCUGGCGUGUAUUUUUCUCUGCCUGAUUCUUAUACGCAAUAUUCUGGAAGUGAAACAGCAGAUAGUUUGGUCGUACCAAGAUGAAUACCUUCUUAUAUGUGCAUUACCAGGUACGCUACCAUAGGCUUGUGCUAUUAAGGAAAGCAACAGAGUACAAGACGGGCAUUAUCAUUUGUGGGAGAAUCGAGCAACUUUAGGAUAAUAUCAUUCGAGAAAUUCCAGGCUGUCUGUUCUGCAUUUUUCAAAUUACCCACCUUAAUCCAACUUCAUCUAGCUGCAUGCAUUCAGAUAGUUUAUUUUGUUUUUAUGUAAAAUGUUUCUUUACUGUGGAAUUAGUUUCCAAGCCAUAUGCUUUAUGCAGUUGCAGUAUACGGAUAAUUCAAAUGAGAACGCAUUAUUUGUAACUAAAACACUGCUCAACUGAUACCUUUCAGAUA